CCUCCGAAGAUAUUUUGGCUGUGAAGAGAGAGAGAGAGAGAGAGAGAGAAUCCCUCAGAUGGCUCGAAUUUGAGAGACGACCUUUUUUUGGUUCCCCCGCCCCAAAUCUGCGAUACCCAACUUCUUCAAUUUCCUUCCCCGUCUUCCCUCCACUUCUUCCACACUACGCGUUUAUUUGCCCUAAUGGGCGAGGAGCCAUCUUUUCUUUCCCGCCCCAACGCCGUCUUUGGCUCUCCUUUAUCGUGAGUAAUAUUGUUUUUUCUACUGAUAACAAGCCAAAGAGAACAUCUAUUUUCAACCUUUGGUGGAUGAAGCUUUUGACUAAUGGCAUAGACUCGAAAGCGGGGCUUGUUUCCUGAUGCAUGUGCUGCUGCAGAAAUGGAGGAAGAUUCAUCACUUAUAGGUGGAAAAGAAUUGCUCCUUAAGUCAACCAGAGACACUGGAGGUGAUAUGCCUGUUGAUGAUUCUUCCAGACCAGCCAUCAGGGCAGAAAAUGUUGUCAGAAAACGGGCCUCAAAAUGGGAUUUAGUUUCUGAAUCUUCCGUUCGAGAUGAAACUGAUAAAGACAAAUCAAAUGCAGAAACAAGUAAUGCUUAUCGGAACAAAGAAUCAAAGUCUGAUUGGCAUGCACCGGCAACUGUUAAUGCCCCCUCUAACAGCUGGGGAGAAUGGAAAAAUGACAAUACAGAUAGGGAUGGAGGUGAUGCUGUGUGGUGUGGGGAACAAAGCUAUGCUACAAGAAUGUCUCCAGGUUUGGAUGCUUGGAGGCAUCGACAAGGCAGUCGCUCUCCAAGGAGUGGCUGGGCUUCAUCACGAAGGAGUAGGAGCAGGAGCCCUCCCCGCAGCUUUAGGCAUGACACUGAUGACAGGAAGGAGAGGGGGAGAAGAGAAGCUCAAGGUUCAGUUCCUGUUUGCAUCAGUUACUCAAAAGGCCAAUGCAGGAGGGGAAGUGAAUGCAAGUAUGCCCAUGUGAAUAAUGACCGCGAUAUUGCCAAGCAUUUCAACAAAAACAUUGUAACAGAAAGAAAUGGUCAUAGACAAGAGAGAGGAAGAUAUGCGGACAAUGGGACACACUCUGAUUCACAUGAUAGACAUCUGAGAAGCAGGUUUCCUCAGGAUGAUAAUAUUAGAAAACGAGAUACAGAAAGAGAAAGGCGGCCUACUUUCUGCCGUGACUUUAGGGCUGGCAGGUGCUUCAGGGAUUCAGGUUGUAAAUACAUCCAUGAUGAUGGAGUUAGGUCGAGUGAUGAUUUUUCUGUUAAGGAGACGGUAUUAGAAAGGAAACAUUCUGGUAGCAAGGAGGGACAAGAGGUACAUGAACAUUUGCAGGAGCCAAAGCAUGAAACAGAGCUGCGAGAUGAUAGGGAACCACCAUGUCGUUUUUUUGCAAGAGGCUCUUGCCAAAAAGGAUCAUCUUGCAGGUACUCUCAUCAAGUCUCUACUCAUGAGACUUCUGGUAAGAGGUCAAGAGAUGAAGGUCGGUCAAGAAGGGCAGAUGAUCGUCAUAGAUCGAAGGGGGAGUCAUAUUCAGAAUGGGGUGCAAAGUCAGAGUAUGAUACUCAUAUGUCUGACUGGGGUCAAAGUAGUGGUGCUGAAGGAGUUGGUGAUGUGAAAGGAAAUAUUGAAUUGUUAGAUGUUUCAUGUUCAGAUAAGGAAGCCAAUUUAGAAUCAUACAAUCACCAUACAGCACAGGAGCAUGAGCCCCACCAUGUAGAUGACAGCAAAGGGGAUCCCAAAGAAGAUGUCAAAUAUCAAAUUUUACCCAAGGAAGGUCUGGAAGAUUCUUUGCAUACAAAAAAUCAACAUAAGAAUGGAGAUCCAUAUGGAUGGAGAGAGAUUGCCCCUUCUAAAGUUGGCCUUCUCCGUCCAGAUGAAUCUUCCACGUCAUUCCAGCAGCAGCAUGGUAACACCACCUUGUCUACAAGCAGCUCUGACACCCAGUCUGGUAGUACUAACAUGUGGAACCAAAUAGCUGUUUCUGCAAGCAAUGCUCCCAUUUCUGCAUUUUGUUGGCCUGUGACAGGUAUGAGCCAACAACUGCCUUCUCAAGCCCCCAUAGCAGCAUCCAUGCAGGUCCUGUUGACUCAGGCUGAAGCAUGUCAAAAACUUGACACACCAAAAGCAGAUAGUGUGAGUGCGCCUGCCUUGGUCAAUAAUGCAAUGCCUGCACUACUCCAAAUGACUCCUAGCAUGAUAACUUCACAGAAUUCUGUUGCCAAUGAUCGUGCUGUUCAGAUGUCAAGCAUCUCAGCAUCACUAGCACAGAUAUUUGAAACUGUACAACAAAUUCCACAACUGUACAACUCAUUGAAUUCUGUUGGUUCUGUUGCUUUGGCACCUUCCCAGCCCUUUACAAAUCCCAACAUCAUAGUGCCUACUGAAGCAGCCCCCUCACUUCAUAAUCAGGAUCAGUUGUCCCAAAGUAAGCCGUAUGAUCCGAUAACUGACAGUAUGGAGCCCCUCCAGCAGUCAGAAAAUGGUCAGCAAAAAAUCUUGGAAGGCAGUGCACCAAAUUUGGAUAAGCAGCAGGCUGACAUGAAGCUCGAUGAACUUUAUAGCAUUCGUGAGAGCAACAAAAAAGAUGUUAUGCAGCAGAACUCUGCUCCUGAACAAAAGAAAGGUAUUCAGGGGGACGAGGCAUGCAAGGAUACUCAAGAUCAAGGAAAGGGAAAACAAACUGACAAUUCAACCGAUGCCCAUGGUGAUACUACCAAUGAAGAAAAGAAAAGUAAGGAGGCAAAUAAGGAGGCGAAAGGGAUUAGAAUGUUCAAGUUUGCACUAGUGGAGGCUGUCAAAGAGAUGCUGAAGCCAACAUGGAAGGAAGGUCGCAUGAGUAAGGAAGCUCACAAGACUAUUGUGAAAAAAGUAGUUGAAAAAGUGACAAGCACAUUACAAGGGCCUCAGAUACCUAAUACCCAAGAACGAAUUGAUCAGUACCUUGCAUUUUCAAAAUCGAAACUUACUAAACUUGUACAGGCUUAUGUUGAGAAGUACUUGAAAGUUUGAGAUUCAUGUUGUUUAAUGCCAGCUAAACAUAUGUUUAAUUGGCAGUUCACUAGAUGAGAUAUUCCUGUAUACUGUCGGAGAAUUUUGUAAGUUUUGAGUUUGCAGAUCUUCUACUGAGUAGCAACAUUUGGUUCAUUGUGGCACAUUUGCAUAUUUCUACUUAGGCUAUUGAAGCUUGUGCAUAGGUAGAUCGGCACUUUCUUGUGCCAGUUUGUACACUUCCCAAUUAACUUGCAUGCAUGAGACAACAUUUCAUAUGUAUCAUCCCUAACUUAAUUGAAUUGCAGGGAAGAAUUUCUCCA